UGGGGCAGGGAAACCAGACAAAAUGGCGCAGACAGAUUGACGCACGUAAAUGUCUUGCCGCAUUUUUGAAUCAUUUACAUACGAUGUAAAUAAAUACAAUUGCAAGAACUAUGUGAGAGUAUAACCUGGUGUGCGAUUUGGACAAAAUGGAGGACAGUGGUAUCGACAGUGGUGAUCACAAUGGCAGUGAUAUACAAAAAGGUCACCGAUUUCCUACCAGUGACAGUUCAAGUCGAUCCAGUGCUGAUAGCGGCAGGUCACCACCUCGUGCUCCCCAACAAUUACCACCAAGUUCCAAGCAGCUUCAUCGUCGCCUAGAGGCACGCAUUGAACACGCAAAACGAUUGCACCAGGAAUACAACGCCACACCAGGUCUCAUUCCAAUUCAGAGACUGCCCAUACCAGGAGCAAAGGACCAACAACCGCUUGUCCAAUGGGACACAGACGACAGCGAAGAAGACAUUGUUAACUUCUUCCCGUUAUCCCGUAAAGAGUCCAGGGUACAUCAAGAACUGACUGAUACGUUUAGCAUAGAAGAGAUGAGCAUAUCCGGCGAUGAAGAUGACGAAGAAGAUCUUCAUCUGGUACCACCACAGGCUGUCUACAAGAAGUUUGCUUGUUGCUCCUUCACUCUGUGCGCCAUCUUAUAGUAUCCGAGAUAAGAUGAGAUUAUCAAAAACUGGUCAAUUGCAGAAAUUACAUAAAUUUGAAUCAGAAACGACACGAAAUGACAACAAAAGCCUUAGAAAUAUUGAAUAUUGAUGAUUUUUAUUUGUUUGCAAUGCCAUAAAUUAUUUUUAUAACUGAUUUUUAUUUAUUUAGUUGAUCACUUGUUUAAAACCAAAAUUCUACUUAUUAAACAUAGAAAUAUUUGAUGUUAAACUUUAGAAAGUAAUUUAUUAUCUAUUGCCUAACACGAAUGAAGAUGGCCACAGCGCCAUCUAGUGCCAAACAAGAGAAAUGUGCAUUGUAUUGCUAAAUCUAAUUGAAUAAAACAUUAUAACAAAACACAA